AUGGUCUCGGGCCCUUUCAUGUCUUUCUUCCUUUUGAUAGGACUGAUUGCCAAUUUGGUCUUGGCUGGUGUCCUCGGCAUUGCAAAAGAUACUUCGCUCGAACCCUACAAACUGCAUUCCUACGGCUCUGUUUGCGACUUCAAAAAUGAGCCUUCCAACGACCAAUUUUUGAACUUGAUCCAACAAGCAUAUGAUGACAUGAGGGAAUUGACCGAUAAAGUCCAAAAGAAUCAUCAUAAGCCAAGCGCAAUGAUUGGUCUAGCCAUUGGAAAUCAAGUUUAUUUCUCCUCUUCAGUAAGAAGUGACAAGAGCAAGCCUAUCAUAUACAAACUGAGUUAUCCUAAGAAAGGAGGAGACGGCUCGUUCAACAAGCUGCCUGAGAUGCCUGAGCAGUUCACACAGGUCACAGAUGCCCUUGAAGCUUGCUCGAAAGAGGCGAAUUCGGACCCCCAACAUAAGAGCAACGGAAUGUGUGGUGAGCUCACGUCCACAAUGACAUGGAUGAUUGAUAAUCCCGACAAGGACAUAUCGAAAGAGAAUCCUAGGGUCGCUGCAUGGUGGGGGGGGACGGUUAUCUGCCUCCCUGUUCCGGCGAUCCGGGAUCGCCCCAAUGGGGGUGCAAUAAAUGGACCAAGGAGAUGA